UGACUUAUUCUAGACCCUUCUCUUCCCUUUAAAAGACUCGUACUCUUUUCCCCACUUUCUCUCAAAACCCCAUCGUUUUUUUCUUCUUCUUCUCUCUUUCUCACAGUCUCAGACUCUCUCUCUUUGUUUUCUGUUUCAGCCAUGUACCGCUUUGCCUCAAGUCUCGCCUCUAAAGCUCGGCUUGCUAGGAACACAACCCAGCAGAUUGGUAGUAGAUUGAGUUCUAGUAGAAACUAUGCCGCCAAAGAUAUAAGAUUUGGGGUGGAGGCCCGGGCUCUGAUGCUAAAGGGUGUGGAGGAGCUUGCUGAUGCUGUUAAGGUCACCAUGGGUCCUAAGGGACGUAAUGUGGUAAUCGAACAAAGUUGGGGUGCCCCAAAAGUGACAAAAGAUGGUGUCACUGUAGCAAAGAGCAUUGAAUUCAAGGACAAAGUCAAGAAUAUUGGUGCUAGCCUUGUGAAGCAGGUUGCAAGUGCCACCAAUGAUGCAGCAGGGGAUGGGACCACGUGUGCCACAGUACUUACACGGGCAAUAUUUACCGAAGGGUGCAAAUCCGUUGCCGCAGGGAUGAAUGCAAUGGACCUAAGACGUGGUAUUAGCAUGGCGGUUGAUUCUGUUGUUAAUCAUUUGAAGAGUAGUGCACGAAAGAUCAGCAAAAGUGACGAAAUAGCACAGGUUGGGACAAUAUCUGCAAAUGGAGAGAGAGAAAUUGGUGAGUUGAUUGCAAGGGCAAUGGAGAGAGUUGGCAAAGAGGGAGUAAUCACAAUUCAAGAUGGAAAAACAUUGUACAAUGAGUUGGAAGUUGUUGAGGGCAUGAAGCUUGAACGGGGUUACAUAUCCCCUUACUUCAUUACUAACCAGAAAAACCAGAAAUGUGAACUGGAAGACCCUCUCAUUCUAAUCCAUGAGAAGAAAAUCUCAAGUUUAAAUGCCAUCAUUAAAGUAUUAGAACUGGCUUUGAAGAGACAAAGGCCAUUACUAAUUGUUUCAGAAGACGUGGAAAGUGAGGCUUUGGCAACUCUCAUUCUCAAUAAGCUUCGUGCUGGAAUCAAGGUUUGUGCUAUCAAAGCCCCUGGUUUUGGUGAAAACAGGAAGUCCAAUCUGCAGGAUCUUGCCAUUCUUACAGGAGGCGAACUUAUUACUGAAGAGCUUGGCAUGAAUCUUGAAAAAGUGGAUCUGGAUAUGCUUGGCUCAUGCAAAAAGGUUACAAUAUCAAAGGAUGACACUGUUAUUCUUGAUGGUGCUGGGGACAAGAAGGCUCUUGAGGAAAGAUGUGAACAGAUCCGGUCCGCAAUUGAAAAUAGCACUUCUGAUUAUGACAAAGAAAAGUUACAAGAGAGAUUGGGAAAGCUUUCUGGUGGUGUAGCAGUUUUGAAGGUCUGGUCAAACUAGCUUUAUCUAUAUCUU